AGGCUCCGAGCUCGGUGGACACCUCGCGAAGGACGUCUGGCGCGGUGCUGCUGACCACCGCUGCCAUGGCCGUGGCGGCGGAGGCGAAGAAGUGGCGGGUGGCAGUGGCCUUGGCCUGGGGCCUUCACCGCCGGCGCCUGCAGCCCACGGUGGUGACGUUGGGCACGGCGCUCAGCGCCUGCGCAAAGGCGGCCAGGUGGCGGCAGGCCAUCCAGCUGCUGGCAGACCUGGAGGUGUUGUCUUUGGUGCCCAACAUCAUCAUCUACAACUCGGCCAUCAGCGCCUGUGAGAAGGCGGGGCAGUGGCAGCUGGCGCUGGCCGUGCUCCGCCAAACCCAGCGCCUGCGCUUGCGCCAGGACAGCAUCACCUUCAACGCGGCCAUCAGCGCCUGCGAGAAGCGCCGGCGCUGGCAAGAAGCCUUGCUGCUCUUGGCGGAGCUGCUGGAGGAGGCGAGUCCCGACCUCACCAGCUUCAAUGCCGCCAUCAGCGCCUGCGAGAAGAGUGGGGAGUGGCAGCUUGCCCUGCAGCUGCUGAUGACCUGCCGCGGCCGCGGGCUGGGGGAUGUAAUCACCUACAACGCAGCCAUCAGCGCCUGCGAGAAGUGCGGAUGCUGGCAGCAGGCUCUGGCACUGCUGGCGGCGUUGGAGGCGCAAGGCUUGCAGGGCACCGUGGUCACCAUCUCCGCGGCCAUCAGUGCCUGCGAGAAGGGCAACGCCUGGGUGUGGGCCAUGGAGCUGCUGGCGCGGUGCGGGCCUAUGGGGCUGCAGAAGAAUAUCAUCACCUACAGCGCUGCCAUCAGCUGUGCCACCUGGAGGAGAGCGCUGCUCCUGCUGGCAGAGCUGGAGGAAGACCGCCUGGAGAGCAACCUGGUGAUCCACAACUGUUUAGUGGAGGCCUGCGCAGCUGCCGCGGACUGGCGCCAGGCCUUGGAAAGGCUCGCCGAUAUGGAGCGGAGAAGCCUCCGGCGAGACGCCACCACCUGCAGCGCAGCGAUCGCCGCCUGUGAGAGGGCCUUCCACUGGGCGGAAGUGCGGCUUCUGCUGGCCGAGCUUCAAGUCAGCGCGGAUCGUCUAGCCUUUGGCGAGACAUGAGCU